UGUGGUACGGUAUUCUUCGAAUUUGCGUCGCACGACCUCCUCUCACAUGCAGGUGACGCUGCUGCUGUGCUGCGCCCUGGCUCUGGCCGCGCCUGCCGUGGCGCAGUCGGACGAGUGCCCCUGCUCACUGGGUCCCUCUGGCAGGGAUCAGGUGGCAGACUGCGACGACCAGCAGAUCGGCGACCAGCUGCCGGACUGCCUGCCCGCCAACGUCACCAUCCUCCGGCUGUCUGGCAACCUCAUCACUCAGCUCGACAACACGACGUUCGCCGCGCUGCCGGACCUGGUGCGCCUCGAGCUCUACAUGAACCAAAUCGCCACUGUUGCCGUCGACACUUUCGUCAACAACCCGGCAGUCAUACAGGUUUUCCUCAACAUCAACAACCUCACGGAGCUACUUCCCGGCACAUUCUCGUACACACCACUUCUCAACUCGCUCUACCUCGACUACAACAACCUUACGCAGCUCGAUGGCAGCAUCUUCCACAACAACACCGAACUGGCGUACCUGAGUGUGGAGUACAACCUGCUGACGAGCCUGGACCGCAGCUCGUUCGCGGAAGUGCCCUCUCUGCGGUACCUGCUGCUGUGCGGCAACAGGCUGGAGUACGUGGCGGGCGACACAUUCGCUGACCUGCCGCUGCUCAGGGAGCUGCACCUCUGCGAGAACAGCCUGGUGCAGCUGGAGCCCGGGCUGUUCUCGCCCCUGCCGCAGCUCACCAUCCUCUGGCUGGGAUCCAACAGUCUCGUCGACCUGCCGCUAGACGCCUUCGUAAACGGGAGCUCCGUGGUCGAGUACGUGUACGUGGAGAACAACGCGCUGCAGGUGCUGGACGCGGCGCUGGUAUCAGGGUGGCCGCGCCUGCUGGGGAUGCGUCUCUACGGCAACCCGUGGCUGUGCGACUGCUCGCUGCAGCCGGCCGUGCAGUGGCUGUCGUCCCAGCUGUGGGCCGGCGUGCCCAGCGGCUACUGCGCCGUGCCGCCGGAGCUACAGGGGCAGCUGCUGGCGGACGCCGUGCCGCCGCUCUGCUGCGGCGCCGACUGCGACUCCUCCACCACGGAGGACUCUGACACCAGCACCACUGCGAGCGGUCAGCCAUAGCUCGAGGCGCCGUGGAGACUACCGCUCAUACCACGACCUAGCUUGCAAAAUGUGACACUUUCAAUGGGGAUUUAUGAGUAAAUACACAGCUACAUGUUAACUAUUGUAACUUAUCGUUUGAGAAAUAACUGAACCAACUUUCGAACAAGUUGUAAUUCUGUAAUUGACUAUAAAAUGAAUUAUUUUUUGCUUUACGAUCGCUUUCAAAAUGUGGGAGUUUAUUCUUAGAAAUUAAAUAAAUAAGUCUGU